CAGACAGAGAGGCACGUAGAGUCAGAGAGAAGAGGAUCUGAACAUCUGAGGACUACAUGAGCUGGUCAGCUGGACUCUGAAGGAGCAGAAUCUCAGACAGAAGAGAGACGAGACAGGUAGACCUAUCUGAGACACCUGCUGGAGCUCUGAGACCAUGGACAUCCUAGAGACAGACGCCUACGACAGGCGGCAGAGGAGAAACAUGUCCUGUACUCUCUUCUUCUCCCUCCUGCCUUUCUUCUUGUCUGCAGCUUUGUACAUCUACACGUGGACCCCUGACGCCCCCUCGUCCAUCACAUCUGCAGGAACCAAAGCAGCCCCCGCGCUGCUGCUGGCCGCAGUCGUGCUGAGCUGGAACGGAGGUCAGAGCGUACUGGGUGUGGUGGGAGGACUGGUCUUCUCUGCUGUGGGGGACUGCUGCCUGGUGUGGCCCGAGCUCUUCCUGCACGGAAUGGGAGCCUUCGCCGUGGCUCAUCUCCUCUACUCCCUCACCUUCCUCUCCAGCCGUUACUCACCAGAGUCCUCCUCCACGUGUAACCGCUUCCUCUACCUGGUCUUGCUCCUGAUGGGAGGAGGUUUCUACAUCUACCUGUACCCCUUCCUGCAGAAAGCCCCCCAGUCGGACCUCAUCAUCCCUGGAGUCGGGGUCUACAUCCUCCUCAUCAGUCUGAUGGGGAUGUUAGCCAUCAGAUCCCGCCAAACAGCCACCGUGUUGGGGAGUCUGAGCUUCAUGAUAUCUGAUCUGUCGCUGAGUCUGCAGGUUUUUAAGGUGAUUCCACCAGUGGAUUAUGGUCACAUCGUCGUCAUGGUGACGUAUUAUUUGGCACAGCUGCUUAUCGCUGUCGGGGAUGUAAAGGCAGCGAGGAACAAGGACGAGUUUGCAAAAUGGAAGAGGUCCUAAACUGGAUCCCUGUGGCAUCCCUAAAGUCUGAAAUAUCUCUCUCAGACCAACAACAAAACUACCCAAGAUUCCUGUAGUGUGUUGAUAUGGACCAAUCAAAUAAAGGAACAGAGGAUUAAGAGAGGAUGUUUCUUUUCUGGUCAGUAUUGAUGACUACAGGAUGAGUUUAAAGGCUGUUAACACGAAUUAUUUAGUUCCAUUUCUAUCUGAUACGACUCAGUGAUGAAAUCAGUCUGAAUUCUGGUUACCUCCAAACUUCACUAACACAUUUUAGCAGUGGUUCUGGUCUAGCCUCAGGACUGACCGUCACCUCUGAAAUGAGGGCCACAUUUCUGAAAACAUUCAGCCACUCCAGUUUAUUUGAUCUUUUUUUUUUUUUUCAUUUUUAGGCACACAUUCAUGACCCAGUGAAAACAGCUCCAGGACCCUCUUUUGGGUCCAGACCCACUGAUUUAAAAUGAUACAGUCUCAAUAUAUCGUAAUGAUCGAGAAUACUGAAGACUACCAAAGCUUGAAGAAAGAAAGACUGCAUCUAUCUCAUGGGACGGUGUGUAGGAGAGAAAUAAAUUCACCUAAAAAUGCAAACUUCUGCACAGUUUCAACAAAUAUGUUGGCAAUGUCAAACAUUUCCAACUUAAUUGUGCUCUUUCUGCAGCUCGAAUUGUGCAGGAGUUUGUUUGAUUAAAAACAAAAACAUUACCUUAUAUCAGGAG